GGUCACAACUGCCUUAGUACAAUGAUGGCUAUGUGCGAAUGCCGAAAAAAAAGUCGACGUCAAAAGACCACCAAUCUACAAUGACUCCAAAUACCAAGAAUCAAGACAAUUUAUGGUCGGAAGAACAAGCUCAAGCAUGUCUAGAGGAUCGUUUGCUUCACAAUAUUUCUGUCCAAAGCCGUAGAAACGCUUCAACGAAAUAUCCUGAAGUUCGAGUUGCUUCGUGUUUUAGGCCUAACGACCUUCUUGGGGUUGAUUUACCCGUUGAGAACAAGCACAUGGUUGAUAGGUCAAUGGGUCUUCGCCAUUUCUCUACGAAAGUGUGCGAGAAAGUCAAGGAAAAAGGUCGGACAAACUAUAAUCAGGUCGCUGAUGAACUUGUGGCAGAAUACUUCGCUGCUAAUAACAUGAACUCCGAAGAAUUCCUCGAAAGGCAGAAAUUUGAUCAGAAGAAUAUUCGGCGUCGAGUUUAUGAUGCAUUGAAUGUGCUACUGGCUAUGAAUAUCAUAUGUAAGAGAAAGAAGGACAUAGAUUGGGUUGGAUUGCCUGCCACAAAAGCUGGUGAGAUCAAGCGCUACGAGGAAGAACGAGCGAAACUGCAAGAGCGCAUACGGCGAAAAAAGGAAACCAUACAAGAACUUAUUGUACAACUCGUCGCAUAUAAGAGUUUAGUCUGGAAAAAUCGUGAGCUGGAAAGAGAAAAUGGUCGACCAUCCGAAAACUCAAUACUUUACUUACCAUUCGUUAUUAUUAAUACUUCAAAAAGCACUACUGUCGACUGUGCAGUUUCUGGAGACAGAUCAGAGUUUCUUUUUCAUUUCGAUCAACCAUUUGAGGUUCAUGAUGAUUUUGAGGCACUGAAACGACUAGGUUAUUCAUACGGUUUGGAGCACAAUACGUUGAAUCCUGACAUGUUGGAACAUAUUGAUGAAUUCAUUCCUCCAGCCCUUCGUGGAUAUCUGCCAAAAAUUCUAGGAGGAGAGAUGUCAGAUUGGGAAUCAAGAGCAAGGUCAUCAAAUCCACCAACAGUACAAUAUGUUAUACGCGAUCCAUCCGUUAGCGGGCGACAACAUGCUUCACUGUUUGAACAAAGUGCUUCCGAUCACUCCAGUGAUGGAUCCUAUGUAGAACUGGCGCAGCCGGUGUACACCGCUCCCGGUUACGCAUAUAAUCUGCCUGCUUAUGAAACCGAAGUGGGAGAGGAAAUGGAACUAGUGGAACAGCAAGAGUAUGUUUACGCAAUGCCUGGAACAAGCACCAGCUAUGAAGUUGUGGAUGCGAGCACUGUCGAUCGUUCGCGGUCUGUAGUCAUGGUGCGAUCGCCUUCACUAGCUGGGGGUGCCUCUACCAGUAGUGUACCCACAUACGCAUUGGAACAGCCUUCCAGUUCUAAGGCUCCAUCCAGAGCAGUUAGUGCAAAGAGACCAGUUCCAGUUGCAGCAAAUUCUGGAUACAAAAAAGUUGCCAGCGAUGUCCAAAAUGACAUAGUCUAUGCACAGAGCAAACGUCUGAAAACGCAAGCAGAAUACAGCUUAUAG